AUGGGCUCCCGUGGGCGGCCGCGCCUGGCAGCCACCUGCCAGGUGUUCGCCUGGAAUGAAUCAACACCAGCUCCUUCCCCAUCUACCUCCUGGUCCUAUGGGUGGACUGAACCAUCCCAGCCCAUGAGAGGAGGUGAGAAGCUUGAGCUCCCACAGCCAAUAUUACCAGGCCUGCAGAGGGAGCAGCAGAGACCUCCUCCUCCACAUCUUCAUCCUCCGCCUCCUCACAGAGCGUGGGAGCAACUAGGCCAGCUGUAUGAAUCCCACCUCCCUCCUCAAGGACAUCCUGUUGUGCCCCUGCCCAAUGAGCACGCACUUCGACUCCAUAAUGGAAGCUACGCUGGCAGUGGCGGACCUCCCCCUAAUCCACAUCUUCCCCACAGCAGGCCCAACCAACUGCUGAAGUUUGGGGGUCCUCAGGAGCAGCAUGUUCCCAGGAGUUCAUCAUUGCUGGGAGAUGAGAUGUGGGCUCAGGUGCACCAGCAGAGAGGCUACCCCGGGAAGAUGCUAGGGGGUCAGCUGAAGAGACCGGGCCCUCCAUUGGGAGAGCAUUCUGUUAUCCAGCACACUCCUCCGCCAUCCCUGCACCCGUCAUCCCGCCUUCCCGUAGCCGAGGACUGUCCCAGCCCUAGCAAGAGGAAAAAGAGUUCGGAUCAGGUAUCCCAUCCUGGGCUGCAGCGUUUCUCUGGUCCUGGUCAGUCUUUAUUGUCUCAGCAGCAAUCGUCAGUCCACCACCACCCUCCAAAACCUGCCUUCUGGAACCCCCUUCACAAGGAAAGCACUCCCUGGCAGCCCCACACUUCUGACCGCAAGAACCCACCAUCGCAAGAGUUCCAGGACACCAACAAACAAGGAAUGGGCAGCUACAGCCAAAAGUCCUCUCCUGCCUCUUCCGCCCCUUCAAACCUCUCCCCUCCACAAAACUCCUCUCCGGGAAGCUACAACCAGGGAUGUGCUCCUCAGCUCCAGAAAGACACGUUCCAACCUCAGGCUGUAAACCAUCAGUCUCCUCACUCCUCCUACCCCAGUCCCAGCUCCAAACUGGGGCUAGCUCCACCCUACCGGGCCAUGGAGCCUCGUGGUCCUCACAACCAGAGAGGCCCUCUCAUUGGGGGCCAAGGUGGCAGCCACGCUACCUCUUACACGGCAUCUACCCCAACCAGAGGGGACAGAGAUCAACAUCUACAUGCCCAGUCAUCACCAGCAAACCCUCCUGCAACCAGCAAAAACAGCAACAGCAGCAGCAGCAGCAGUGUGCCUUACAGCCACUUCCAGCCUCAUCCAGGGCUGGGGCACCAGGGUCCCCCUCCUCCCCCUCCUCCUCCUCCUCCUGCCAGCAGCACCUCAGUACCUCAGCAACAGCAAAGUGGUCCCCAUGAGGCCUGGAGAUACCAGAGCAGGCCCAGCAGUCACUCCCUGGAGUCGGGCAUCUACAGGCCUCCAGGACUGCUACCUCAGCGCCAGCAGAGCCACAAUCAGGUCGUGGAUAGUCGGGUUCCCUCUCAGCACCACCAUCACAUCAGCCCUCCUUUGCCCGCAACCUCCACCCGAACACCUGUAAUUACCCCCAAUGUUCCCAUGUCCCAGUCCUCCAGCUCUAUCAGCAGCUAUAGCAACAGUAGCAGCUCUAGAGGUGUAACUCUGGCUGGUGUCUCCAAGGUGACCACAUCCCCCCCUGCUGGCUGCUCUGUGAACAAUGGCAGCAGUAACAACAGUUGGCAAAGAGGACGAGAGCCAGUAACCCAAACCUCCACCCGUGCCGUCAUUAGCCCCACCUCUCAGCUGGGUGCUCUGCUACAACCAGGUUGUCAGAGAGGUCAAGCUCCCACUGCCAACCAGCCUCACCAACAGGGGCUGCCCAGACCACAGCAACAGGGACCCACCAAGUCCCAGCCCAUGAAGGAGAAGACAUCGUAUUAUCCUAAGGCUGGACUGGAGCAACAUCCUGCAUUUUCCUCAUCAUCAUCUUUGUUCUCCUCAGGGCACCAGAGAGCAGGAGACAGUGUAAUAACAAGCAGAGUCUCAAAUCCACUUCCUCGCUCUCCUACUACAUACUGCCCAGCUCCUCACUCCACUGUCAACUCUGCCCCUCAGCCAUCCAAUCCAACCCUAUCCUCCAGACUGGGUCCUCAGCCAGACUCUGCGUUAACACGGGGGUACUCUCGGUCCCAGAUUCGUCCGCCAGUUCCAACCUCUGUCCCCCAGUCCAUCGAGGAGGCUCUAGACAAGCUUGAUGCUGAACUAGAGGGACACAUGCAAGCUGAGGAAAGGAGGAAGAGAGACAGAGAGGAGCAAGAGAGAAAAAUAAGAGAAGAGGAGAGGCGGAAGAAAGAAUGGGAAAUGAGACAAAAGCAGGACGAGGAAAGGAAGCGGAAAGAGCUGGAAAAGAAGGAGGAGGAG